CCCUUUAGAGUCAAAACGGACAAUAUUUAUAUGAUUAAGAAUAGGUCAUUACAAAUAGUAUUAGAAUUGAUCAUUGAUCCGGCGGGGCAAGAUCAACUCGAGUUGAUCCUCACCCUUUGUUGGCCUCCCUUAGUCUGUUGGACCCUGUGAGGGGGUGUGUUUGUUUGGCUCUACAAUGCCAUGGAUAUAAUGAAAAAUGUCUUUUCUACAUGAUGGGUUAUUGUGAUAUCCAAAAUUGGAUAAGGGAAAAAGUUCUUCACACUAUAUUUGUUGCAUAUGCAUGAGUAGUGAUUGUGAUAUCUCAAACCCGACUUGGAUAAGGAAAAAAGUUCACUAAACCCAAAUCCGAAAAAGUCCGCCAUUUAUGUAUAAACUUUUUAGGUUAAAACAUAUUAUAUCUACAUAGUUGAGAGACUUGCUCCUUACAAAAAUACCAUUCUUACCGUGGACACUAUGUGUCAGGUAUCAGAGAAUUGCGACAAGAAGUAUAAUUUGACAGAAAAAGGGUGGCCAAAUGUGACCAACUCCGAUGUUGAUACUUUCUGCAAAGGAGGAUGUGCCGAACACACCAAGGCAGUACUGGAGUGCAUUUUUCUGGUGAAGCAGGAUUACGAGUUUGCAGAUGAGAAUACCGUGCCGAAGAUCAAUCACACUAUUACAAAAGGAUGCAAUGAUGGUGGUUUUCCUGAAAAUGCUACCUUCCCACUUCCAGAUAAUCCAAACAGUGCCAUGAGGGCGUCCGGCCGGGCCGGAUUCGGCAUCAUCUUUUCGGUUGUUUCAGCAGUGUUGAUGGCAUACUCCCAUGUCUGAAGGAGUAUAUACUCUAGUUUUGUGUCCGCAGAAGGGUGUGUGUGAGGAUGAAGGAGUGUUGUGUGUUUUAGUAUGGAGGUGAUUUGUAAAAUAAGGAAAUAAGGGUUGUGUUUGUUUAUGUUUCAACAAGAAAUCUGUAUGUAAUCAGAAUAAGGAAAGGAGGGUCUAUAAAAUAUUUAUAACAAGAAAAAUAAAAGUAAUGUAUUGGAUGCAUUGACUGCAGCCAAUUACUCAUGUUUGUAAGAUGGAAUAGGGAAUGAGAUAUUUUUAAGCCAUCUUUAAUCCCAAGGUUUAAGAACUCAUG